CUGGGACUUUACAGGAUUUUAAUUCAAACUACUUCACAUGUCUUACUUCUAUUUUAGCCAAUCUUUGCUGUUCAAAUCCAUGCCAAAACCGAGGUUUCUGCAUGACGAAAGGUUUUGAUCAAUAUGAAUGUGACUGUACACGGACUGGUUUUUAUGGAGAAAAUUGCACUAAGCCGGAAUUUUAUACUUGGCUCAGACUUAAGUUAAAGCCUGCUCCAGACACAGUACACUAUAUACUCACACACUUCAAAGGCAUCUGGGAUAUAAUCAACAACAUUCCAUUCCUCCACAAUGCCAUAAUGAGAUACGUUCUAAUGUCCAGAUCCCACUUAAUUGAAAGCCCACCAACCUAUAAUAGCCAUCAUGGUUUCAAAAGCUGGGAAGUUUAUUCCAAUCUGUCCUACUAUGCUCGAGCUGUUCCACCAGUGGAUCAUGACUGCCCUACCCCUAUGGGUGUGAAAGGCAAGAAGGAACUUCCAGAUUCAAAAGUGAUUGUAGAAAAAUUCUUGCUAAGGAGAAAAUUCAUUCCUGAUCCUCAAGGCACAAAUGUCAUGUUCACCUUCUUUGCCCAGCAUUUCACUCACCAGUACUUCAAGACAGAUACUCAGAAAGGACCAGGCUUCACAAAAGGUCUUGGGCAUGGGGUUGAUCUUAGUCACAUCUAUGGAGAGACUUUGGACAGGCAGAUGAAACUAAGACUUUUUAAGGAUGGAAAGCUAAAAUUUCAGAUGAUUGAUGGAGAAAUGUAUCCGCCUACUGUGAAAGAAACUCAGGCAGAAAUGAUCUAUCCACCCCACAUCCCUGACCACCUGAAAUUUUCUGUAGGACAGGAGGUCUUUGGCUUGGUUCCAGGGCUGAUGAUGUAUGCCACGUUGUGGCUCCGGGAACAUAAUCGGGUCUGCGACGUUCUUAAGGGAGAACACCCAGAAUGGGAUGAUGAACGCCUAUUUCAGACUGCCAGACUAAUUUUGACAGGGGAAACCAUCAAGAUUGUGAUUGAAGACUACGUGCAACAUUUAAGUGGAUACCAUUUCAGACUGAAGUUUGAUCCAGAACUUCUCUUCAACCAGCGAUUUCAGUAUCAGAACAGAAUAGCAGCAGAGUUCAACACCCUCUACCACUGGCAUCCUCUUCUACCUGAUACCUUUCAUAUCCAAAACCAAGACUACACUUACCAGCAGUUCAUGUACAACAAUUCCAUUAUGCUAGAACAUGGCCUUUCUCACAUGGUGCAGUCUUUCUCCAAACAAAGGGCUGGAAGGGUAGCUGGAGGUAGGAAUGUUCCUGCUAUCGUGCAGAAAGUAGCUGUAGCUUCUAUGGAUCAAAGCCGGCAGAUGAGGUACCGAUCCUUGAAUGAAUACCGAAAGUUCUUUAUGCUGAAACCUUUCACAUCAUUUGAAGAACUUACUGGUGAAAAAGAAAUGGCUGCAGAACUUGAAGAGCUCUAUGGAGAUAUUGAUGCUAUGGAAUUAUACCCUGCUCUUCUUGUUGAAAAGCCACGCCCUGGAGCCAUCUUUGGUGAGACCAUGAUUGAACUUGGGGCUCCCUUCUCCUUGAAAGGUCUUAUGGGAAAUGUCAUCUGCUCACCUGAAUACUGGAAGCCAAGUACUUUUGGGGGUAGCGUGGGCUUUGACAUCGUGAAUACAGCCUCACUCCAAAGCCUCAUCUGCAAUAAUGUGAAGGGCUGCCCUGUCACAGCCUUCCACGUCAUCAGCUCUGAAACCGUGGCAACAAACAACAUCAGUGCAUCCAGCAGGUCGAUAGAUGAAAUUAGCCCUGCCGUACUUCUCAAAGAGCGGUCAACUGAAUUGUAGAAAGAAUCACUAUUGGUA